ACCUAAAAGCCUACAGAGAGAAGUUCUCGUUUAUCCGAAGCUUUUCAUGUGAUAUUCUCUCUUUCGAGGUCGCGUGGAACUUUUGCUAGGGUUCUUACCUUAUCAAUGGAAAAUGCAUCCGAAGGGGUGCCUGGAGAGAACCACGGAACUUUGGAGGAUGGAACGACCGAAGAGAAUUCUUCGAGUGUUCUCGAUCUCACCAGUUACCAGCUCCAUGAACUCGAUGGCGUCGAGCUUUCUCCGAGCUUAGUCGAGUUGGAUUUGACCGCUAAUCGGUUAUCGACCUUGGAUUCUCGAAUCAGUCUCCUCUCGCAGCUCAAAAAGCUCUCUUUGCGCCAAAAUCUAUUCGAUGACGCGGGAAUCGAGCCAAUUUCUAGAUGGGAUACGAUAUCAGGCCUUGAAGAGCUGGUGGUCAGGGAUAAUAAACUAACGAAAAUACCAGAUGUCAGCAUUUACAAGAGUCUCCUGGUAUUUGAUGUUUCUUUCAAUGAAAUUUCUUCCUUAAGUGGUUUGUCCAAGGUAUCAAACACACUCAAGGAACUCUAUGUUUCGAAGAAUGAGGUGACUAAGAUGGAGGAACUUGACCACUUUCAUGAACUGCAAAUUCUUGAACUUGGUUCCAACAGAUUACGGGUAAUGGAAAAUUUGCAGAACUUAACACUUUUGCAAGAGCUGUGGCUGGGACGGAAUCGUAUCAAAGCAGUUGACCUGUGUGGAUUGAAAUGCAUCAAGAAGAUUAGCUUACAGAGCAACCGUUUAACGUCUAUGUUGGGACUUCAGGAAUGUGUUGCUCUAGAAGAACUAUACUUGAGCCACAAUGGCAUUGCAAAGAUGGAAGGCCUAUCAACAUUAGUAAAUCUCCGCGUUCUUGAUGUUUCAUCAAAUAAAUUAACAGCUGUGAAUGACAUUGAACACCUUACAAGGUUGGAGGAUCUGUGGCUUAACGACAAUCAAAUAGCAUCAUUGGAGAGCAUUGAUGUGGCUGUUUCCGGUUCUCGGGAGGCGCUGACGACUAUUUACCUUGAGCACAAUCCAUGUGCAAGUUCCCCAAAUUACACUUCUACUCUAAGGCAGAUCUUUCGAAACCUCCAACAACUGGAUUCAGAUGUAUUUUCGUAAGAAUUUUGGCAGCUUUGUACUUGCAGGUUAUUUUAAGAGAGGAUUAUAGAAUAUGCUGAUAGACUCCGAGAGAAAUUGAGCAUCUGAUGAGAGUUUGUGUUUCUGGGCUUAUUCAUUUUGUCCUUUUAAUUUUACCCCUUGAAUGUUCUAUUUGUAUUCUCAAAGAUUGCAGUAAAGUUAUGUAGAUUGUAGGUUAAAAAUUCUAUUUGGUUCUUUCUGAAGGAUAUGAUUGAUCAUAGGUAAAGAAACCAGAGCAACUUGAAGGCCAGGGCUUGUGCGAGUGUUGUGUGCUUGUUCUCAAUUCAUACAUACAUUAAAAAGAAAUAAAAACAAAGAAGCUAAGUUUGAACUUCCUCGACACUUGUGUUUAGUAUUUUCCAUGUUGCAGGUUGUACUUUAUUUAAACUUUGUUAUUUCUUAUGCAAUUAAGAAAUAUGAUGUUUUGACCUUUACGUGAUUCAUUUUGGGUCUAGUUUCUUUG